CUCUAAAGAUCAGAUUGCAAUGUGUCUACUGGCGUGUUUCGCAGUUUAAGAAAUCUGCAGAGAGGAUUUUAGUUGAUAUAGGUCAUAGCUAUUUUUUAAGGAGUAUCUAAACAUGCCGACAAUAACGGUAAAUAAGGAAGAUCUGUUCAAAGCGCUUGGAAAACGUUACACUUUUGAGGAAUUUGAUGAACUUUGUUUUGAAUUUGGGGUCGAGCCUGAAGAACCAGAUGAAAAAGAGAUAGCGGAAAACCCUGAUUCUGCAUUAGAAUGGAAGGUUGAAAUUGGAGCAAACAGGUAUGAUUUGCUCUGCCUAGAAGGAUUAGCCAGAGGCCUACUUGUGUUUUUAGAAAAAAUUAAGGCCCCUAUAUAUAAGUCAAUACCGGCAUGGACUGGAAAAUCUGCCAAGCUUCGAAUUUUACCAAGUACUGCCAAAGUGAGACCAUUUGCUGUGGCUGCUAUUUUAAGGAAUAUUACAUUUACUCCUGAGAGCUACAAAAGUUUCAUCGACCUUCAAGACAAAUUGCACCAGAAUCUCUGCAGGAGGAGAACAUUAGUGGCCAUUGGAACUCAUGACUUGGACACAAUUAAAGGACCAUUCUUUUAUGAUGCUAAACCACCAUCAAAGAUCAAGUUCAAGGCAUUAAAUCAAACUCAGGAAAUGACAGCAUGCCAACUCAUGGAACUCUACUCAAAUGAGAGCCAUCUUAAGCAGUACCUUCCCAUCAUUCAGGACAAACCUGUGUACCCUGUUAUCUAUGACAGCAACGGAGUAGUGUUGUCUAUGCCACCGAUUAUCAAUGGGGAGCACAGUAAGAUAACUUUGAAUACAAGGAAUGUGUUCAUUGAGUGCACAGCCACCGACUUGAACAAGGCAAAGAUCACGCUGGAUACGAUCGUCACCAUGUUCAGCCAGUACUGUUCCCCAAAAUAUGAGGGGAUUGAGUCUGUGGAAGUGGUGAAUCCAUGUGGAACCAGUGUUAUGUACCCAGAACUUCAUUACAGACUUGAAGAAAUUGAUGUGUCUGAAACAAACCAAAAGAUAGGAAUAUGCAUCCCUCCAGGUGAGAUGGCUCGACUACUGACCAAGAUGUGUCUGGUAUCUACCCCUUUUGACAGCGGUAACAAAAUCAUGGUGGAGGUUCCACCUACUAGGCAUGAUGUAAUUCAUGCCUGUGAUAUCAUGGAAGAUGUGGCCAUUGCCUAUGGAUACAACCACAUAACGAAAACAAUUCCUCAAACAAACUGUAUUGGGAACCAGUAUCCCAUCAACAAACUGUCGGACCUACUGAGACAAGAAAUUGCAGCAGCUGGAUUCACAGAGGUUCUCACAUUUGCUCUGUGCUCACGAGAUGAUGUAGCAGACAAAUUAGGCAAAAAUAUCAAGAAUGUGAAUGCUGUCCACAUCGCCAAUCCUAAAACAUUGGAGUUUCAGGUUGCCAGGACAACACUAUUGCCUGGGAUACUGAAGACCAUCAGUAAAAAUAAAAACAUGCCAUUACCUCUAAAGCUGUUUGAAAUCUCAGACAUUGUUAUGUGUGAUCCUAAAAAAGAUGUUGGAGCUCGCAAUGAGAGAUGGAUGUGUGCAGUGAACUAUAACAAAUCCUCAGGGUUUGAGAUCGUGAAGGGUUUGCUGGACAGGGUCAUGCAGCUGAUGGAGAUUCCAUUCCAGAAGGGGAGUGAUGGAUACUACAUCGAAGCAUGUGAUGAUCCAACAUAUUUCCAAGGUCGCUGUGCAACUGUGAUAUUGAGAGGGAAGCCGAUAGGAAAAAUAGGAGUACUACACCCAGAUGUUGUGACAAAGUUUGAUUUAAACAAUCCAUGUUCUGCUUUUGAAAUUUCAGUAGAACCUUUGUUGAGGAGUUCAUGAGUUGUGUGUGACAUUACCCCAGCUGUAACCAAUUGAAUAUUCUCAGUACCUCCUAAUUUACACUUAUAUUACAGAAGAUAUUAUAAUAUCAUGCACUAAUACAAGAAUGUAAAUGGAUUUGAAAUAUUUGAAAGGUAAUAAAACUUUGAAGGGUAAAACAAAACA